AUGCUGGACGUCGAGCAGGAGCAACCACACUGCUCACCUAACGCGAGCGGGGCCCGCAGCCUUCAUCAUCAGCACGGAUGUUGCACCCCUAUACACGCGCAGUCCGCAUCCAUUAACGGUGACGCGAAUCAUGACCUUCCGGCUCCUCAGCAGCCGGUGUCGAACGGAGGGACCGCCGGCAUCGGCUGCGCCCACCAAGUUCAGAACAAGGCUGGCCCUCUCGUCAAUGGCAAUCGCACGGAACCGCAACAGGAAGCGAACGGCUUGCUCGGCUUGGCCUCUCGCUGGAGGCUAGAUGCGUGCUGUUCCGCCACCGACGCCGAGGGUGCAAUGCACGAGCUUCAGCGCCAGCUGCAGCAGGAGCACAAGCGUCGCAUGGAGGCAGAGCAACACCGUCACCUUCUCUCGAGACUGCUGGACGAGGUGUCAUGCCCCCAAAGCAGAGAAAAGCAGACAGCCGCCGCUGCCGCUCUCUCUACUCCAGAACAGGACGGCGCAUUGGAAGAGCUACGGCAGCAGUUGCACGCACUACAACGAAAGCUCUCGGAGGAGCGAACGAGGCACUCGAAGCAGCGUGAGGAACUCCUUUCAGAGAAUGAGCAGCUCAAGAAGCGGUUGGGACAGCAGCAUCGAGAGCAGAGUGCUCGAAUCGAGAAGUUCCUGAAGGACAACGAAGAUGCCGCUAAGCGGAUGGAGGAUGCGCUGCAUAAACGAGAAGAAGAGGUGCGGGCCGUCUAUGCUCAAGCGCUGCAGGAGCGUGACGUGCGUAUAGCCCAACUCUCGCAGGAGGUCCUUCAGCACACACACGAGGCUCGUCAGCUGGCCGCGGUGCGCAGCGACGAAGAACGGCUUCACGCCCAGCGCGCAGCACACCUCGAAGACAUGGCAGUGCAGCUGCGCGAGUGGAACCUAUCCUUGCAGCGACAGCUAGCGGACGCCAAUGACGAGGUGCGCCGACUGCGUCAGCGACUCGAGGUGAUGGAUGUUGCCUCUGUGCACGAUGCCAAAGGCUAUGCGCCUGUGUCGGGGUCUGCGGGCAGCGAGCUGGCCGGAUUCUGCUUCCCCUGUGGUGGGCUGUCUCAUGCGCACGCAGUUCAGCUCGCGACGCAACUCUAUCAUUCCCAGCAGCUGCUGGAGAAGUGCAGGGAAGAGAACCAGACGAAGUCAAAAGAGCUAAUGCGAGCAGCUCAGCUCAUAGAUGCGUUGAAGGAGGGACUUCGCCGAGUCAAGGUGGACCUCGGCGCGGGCUCCACGGCUGCUGCUCCAGCCACUGCGAUGCCGUCAUCAUAG